AUGUCAACAUCACCAACACCAAUGUUUGGGAACAGUAGCGAUAGUUACGUGAGUUUGACUCUUGAUCACUGGAAUGACGCUGUUGCAGGUAUUCUAUUACCACUUACGGUGGUACUAGUGUCGUAUCUGGUCGUCGGGUGUUUUGGAAACCUCUCGGUGAUCUAUGUGUAUUGGUGGCAGAUUCGAACCCCAAGCAAGGAACGUUAUUUCAUUCCUAUCCUGGCACUCGUUGACAUGAUUUCGUGUGUCAUCUCUGCAGGUUCGGGAGUGUACGCUAACCUUCAUCCUCUCAAGUUCGAGAGUGAUAUUGGCUGUAAGAUGGUGGCGUUCCUUGGUGUACUGUUCGCAACCAUUUCAGCCGAUUUACUUGUGAUUAUAGCAGUGGAUAGAUUCCUCAAGAUUUGUUUUCCAUUCGGAACACAAAUGACACUGUACUGGAAGCGAGUCUCACUGGUGGCCAUGUUUAUCGUAAGCACCAUGAUUGCGAUCCCAGCCCUGUUUGUGUACGGGUCAGUGCCAGUCAUCAACCCCACUCACAACCUUACAGGAUGGCGAUGUGUAAAUGUCUUACAUAAUGGCAGUCGUCCUAUGUGGGAAUUAUUCUACAAAGCUUUGCUAUUUGAUUAUGUGAUGCUACGUUUCAUUGUUCUAUCUAUCAUUUAUAUAAGGAUCGGAAAAGUGAUCUGUAAACAUUUCAAACGUCGUGCAAGUAGGCAUCAGCGUUUAUGUGGUUCUCAAAGUGUUUCAAAUGGUGCACAGUCUUGUAAUCAAGCGAGUGUACUACCUAACGACGUCAGAAGGGAGUCUUCAUUCCUGGAAAGAUGCUGCUGUAGGACAAGACUUCUGGAUAGAAUCGCGUCAGACUUGGAUUCUAGUCGGAAUGGACGUGACAGUACACAUAGCCGUAGGACAGAAAGAAAAGGAUUAAAACUCACUUUGAUGUUCAUGCUUAUAACUGGUAUUUAUAUCUUUACGUUUGGUCCAAAAGUUGUGCUUAUGACGUUUGAAACGAUGAAUGAACGAUUCUGGACGACGAUGACUGCCGGGGAACUCGUCGGUUUCCGGUUUCUAUAUACUUUAUUUAUAGUCAACAAUGUUGUGAAUCCUUUUAUAUAUGGUUUCUUGGAUGACCAAUUCAGAAAGGAACUCCGUAAAUUAUGUAUAUUACAUUUGUAA